GGAAAUGUAGUCCAAGCUGCGCAGGCGCCGGACGGAAAUGGGAACGGAGGCUUCUGGGAAAUGGAGUUCCCAGCGGUCCGGAGUCCAUCUCCCUAGACGGCUGGCUGACGUUAGAGCAGAGAGUGCUGUGUAUUCUCCAGUGAAUCCUGUGCCCACCAUGGCCCCUCUCAACUCCUACAUGUCCUUGAACCCUCUUAGCUCUCCCUACCCUCCCGGAGGGCUUCAGGCCUCCCCUCUGCCUACAGGACCCCUGGCACCCCCAGCCCCCACCGCUCCCCUGGGGCCCACCUUCCCAGGCCUGGGCGCAGGCAGCGGCACCGGAGGCAGUGCUUCCGGGUAUGGCGCCCCAGGGCCCGGGCUUGUACACGGAAAGGAAAUGGCCAAGGGGUACCGGCGGCCACUGGCUCAUGCCAAACCACCUUAUUCCUACAUCUCUCUCAUCACCAUGGCUAUCCAGCAGGCACCAGGCAAGAUGCUGACCCUGAGUGAAAUCUACCAAUGGAUCAUGGACCUCUUCCCGUACUACCGGGAGAACCAGCAACGUUGGCAGAACUCCAUCCGGCACUCGCUGUCCUUCAAUGACUGCUUCGUCAAGGUGGCACGCUCCCCAGACAAACCGGGCAAAGGCUCCUACUGGGCCUUGCAUCCCAGCUCUGGGAACAUGUUUGAGAACGGCUGCUAUCUCCGCCGUCAGAAGCGCUUCAAGCUGGAGGAGAAGGCAAAGAAAGGAAACAGUGCCACAUCCGCCACCAGGAAUGGAACAGUGGGGUCAGCCACCUCUGCCACCACUACAGCUGCCACUGCAGUCACUUCCCCGGCUCAGCCCCAGCCUACGCCGCCGUCUGAGCCCGAGGCCCAGAGUGGGGAAGAUGUGGGGGGUCUGGACUGCGCCUCGCCUCCUUCAUCCGCACCCUAUUUCACUGGCCUGGAGCUCCCAGGGGAACUGAAGUUGGAUGCGCCCUACAACUUCAACCACCCUUUCUCUAUCAACAACCUGAUGUCAGAACAGACAUCAACACCUUCCAAACUAGAUGUGGGGUUUGGGGGCUACGGUGCUGAGAGUGGGGAACCUGGGGUCUACUACCAGAGCCUCUAUUCCCGCUCUCUGCUCAAUGCAUCCUAGCGGCGCAACUGGGAGAAAUGCGGUGAUGGGGGUUUGCUGUGACAGAUGACCGGUUCUUCGGCCCUGAUCUUUCUGGUUACACUCUGCUUGUCCAGUUAAUUAACAUCGUAUUUGGUCUAUUACUGUGAUAUGACCCAUUGGCUACUGUGGUAACUGCAUGGACUCUUCGGUGGGCCUAGGGUUGGGGUAUUGUGAAGGCAGAUGCAUUUGGGAGUGUUACGAAGGUGGCCAUGUCGGACAUACCGUGAAGGCAGUUAGACUGGUGUACUAUAAAAGCUGCAUGUUAAGUGAGUGAUCCACUGGGUGCCUGAUGGCCGCGAUGUCGGAGGACAUAUUGUUUGGCCCUUCGGAUGCUGCGAUGGACAUCUUGAUUGACCUUUUGAAUGUGUGACAGUCACACCGUGUCAGCCACAUCUUCUUUGGCCCAUUGUAUCCAGGGAUCACCUUUUUUUUUUUUUUUUCUUUUUUGGCAGACUUCUUGGUACAGCAGAUACCAAGUUGACCACCAUGUCUUUUUUUUGACAUUCUGGAUGCAUGGAAGGUCACCUUAUUGACAAGGUGACAUCUCGACAUGCUGUUAUGCACCAAGUUGGUGACCACAGGCCUGCUGUCACCAUCUCCUUGGUGGGGGUUGGAUGAGGGGUAGAGGUGAGCAGACCCUGUGACUUCUCUGAAGGCCAUCCCCACCCCUGCCCAUGAGAAGGGCUAGUGUGGGUGUAGGGGGUUCCUACUGACGUCAAGUUCUUGUAUGGGGCUUGGGGUACUGCCUGUGUUUGACCAUUAAAACGGCACCGUCUCCGUC